AUGAAUUUCUUCCGUUUGCUGGGUGACUUGUCACAUUUGGCCUCGAUAUUCAUCCUCUUGCAUAAAGUUCAAACGACGCGAUCAUGUCGAGGAAUAUCGUUUAAAACACAAGCUCUAUACGUAGCCGUGUUCAUUACACGCUAUCUGGACCUCUUCUUCCGUUAUGUCUCCCUAUACAACUCCGUCAUGAAGCUCUUCUUCAUCGCAAGCAGCUGCUACAUUCUCUACCUCAUGAAGUACAAAUAUAGACCAACGCAUGACCCCUCCAUUGACACCUUCCGCAUCGAAUACCUGCUCGGCCCAUGCUUCGUCCUCUCCCUCAUAUUCAACUACAAGUUCUCCUUUUCGGAAAUCCUGUGGUCGUUCUCCAUCUUCCUCGAGGCCGUUGCUAUCCUUCCCCAGCUUUUCAUGCUCCAGCGCACCGGAGAGGCAGAGACUAUCACGACACAUUAUCUGGCUGCCCUCGGAGUCUACCGAGCGCUCUACAUUCCAAAUUGGAUAUACAGAUACUUCACGGAAGGCCUUGUCGACCCCAUCGCUGUGACAGCAGGUAUUGUUCAAACAGGGUUGUAUCUCGACUUUUUCUACGUCUACUUUACAAAAGUUUUACAAGGCCAGAAGUUCGAGCUUCCAGCAUAAGUUAGAUGUUCAGGCUCUGUAAUGCGGCAAUACUAUGUUGUUCGUUGUGACGCGGUAGUCUCAAUAUAUGGGCAAGAAGGAGGACU